AUGGUUGAGCUUUCUGGCCAUAUAUCUGGAUUGUCCUGCUUAUCCAAACCAACCAAUUCAGCCCUACAUUUCUCCUUUAUAGGCCGCGGGCUCAAUCUUCUCUACAUAUCGGGGGAGGUGUUUGUGGAGUGCUUAAGUGAUGCGGCGAUAUUUGUCCAGUCACCGAGCUGCAAUCGCCUCAACAACUGGCAUCCUGCCACGGUGGUCAAGGUCCCACCACGAUGCAACCUGCGAGUUUUUGAUAAUCGUGAGUUCGCGGAGCUGCUGUCGCAAUCAGUUUCUCGGAAUUACGAAACUGUCUUCUCCCUUACCCAUAUGUGCUUCAUUCGGAUCAGUUUCGUCAAAGGUUGGGGUGCUGAUUACCGGUACGCAACGUCGUAUUCUUUUACUGCCUCUUUCUUGUCUACUCCAUCCAAGACCCACGGUUUGGCAAGGUUUGCUCAAGUCUUAACUACGCCUUUGCAUAAAGUCGGUUCUACCAAACCACCCUUAAACUCUGCUACCGCCCUUUUUAAGGCAAAUUUUAUUUUUAGACGUCAGACAAUUACUAGUACGCCAUGUUGGAUAGAACUUCAUUUGAAUGAGCCGCUCAAGUGGCUUGACCGUGUCCUCCAAGAAAUGGGGUCUCCCUCAACCCCAUGCACCUCCGUCAGUUGA